GCAAAACGUUUUCCACCGGCUUCUUCUCUUUGUCCAUCCUCCUCCCAGCUGAAGCAACAUCUACAGUAACACCAUGGCCAAUGUUGCCGAUACAAAACUAUACGACAUUCUUGGGGUGUCUCCGUCCGCAUCUGAAAACGAACUGAAGAAGGCUUACCGGAAACUGGCUAAAGAAUAUCAUCCAGACAAGAAUCCAAAUGCUGGGGACAAGUUCAAAGAAAUCAGCUUUGCCUACGAGGUCCUAACAAACCCAGAAAAGAAGGACCUUUAUGAUCGUUAUGGGGAACAAGGCUUGCGGGAAGGAGGCGGUGGAGGGAUGGACGACAUCUUCUCCCACAUUUUUGGUGGCGGACUCUUUGGCUUCAUGGGUGGACAAGGAAGUCGCUCCAGGAAUGGAGGUCGAAGGAGAGGGGAGGACAUGGUUCAUCCACUCAAGGUGUCAUUGGAGGACCUUUACAACGGAAAAACAACUAAACUACAGCUUAGCAAGAAUGUACUGUGUAGUACUUGUAAUGGGCAGGGAGGCAAGUCGGGUGCUGUUCAGAAAUGUACAGUGUGUAGAGGGCGUGGCAUGCGCAUCAUGAUCAGACAGCUGGCCCCAGGGAUGGUCCAACAGAUGCAGUCUGUGUGUACUGACUGUAAUGGAGAAGGUGAGGUUAUCAGUGAGAAGGACCGUUGUAAAAAGUGCGAGGGCAAGAAGGUUGUGAAGGAGGUGAAGAUUUUGGAGGUACAUGUGGACAAAGGCAUGAAGCACGGUCAGAAAAUCACUUUUGGAGGAGAAGCUGACCAGGCACCUGGCGUCGAGCCUGGCGACAUAGUUCUCGUUCUGCAGGAAAAAGAGCAUGAGACAUUCAGGCGAGAAGGCAACGACAUUUCCAUGAACCAUAAGAUCGGGCUAGUGGAAGCGCUGUGCGGCUUCCAGUUUAUGCUGAAGCAUUUAGAUGGAAGGCAAAUCGUCGUCAAGUACCCUGCUGGGAAAGUCAUUGAACCAGGUUCGGUCAGGGUGGUGCGGGGAGAGGGAAUGCCGCAGUACCGAAACCCUUUUGAGAAGGGAGAUCUGUUCAUCAAGUUUGAUGUCCAGUUUCCAGACAACAACUGGAUCAGUCCUGAGAAACUUACGGAGCUGGAGGACAUGUUGCCCUCCCGGUCAGAGCCACCCAUCAUCAGCGGGGACACGGAGGAAGUCGACCUGCAGGAUUACGACGUCAGCCAAAGCUCAACAUCGGGCGGCCGCAGAGAGGCCUACAACGACAGCUCAGACGAAGAGAGCGGCCACCACGGGCCGGGAGUGCAGUGUGCCCACCAGUAAUCUUAUAUUCUCUAACACAUUUAUGUAUACAUGCAUAUGACCACAUGGGGACAAAACAUAAAGGCUGCAGAGAAAACGAGGAGUUUGUUCAGACUGAGAAGAAACCAGUAGCUCCACAGACACAGAUCCAGUACGUCAUAUUGACUCAUGCACCUCAAAUUGAUUAUUAACUUAAGUGCUUGAAUCAUGUAGAUCUUUGUCUGAGGAACUCACACUGGGGCAGCCAGACUUAUUACACUGCACCUAAAUUACAUUUAGACACCCAAGACUUCAGGUAGCUGUCAUAGUUAAGAUUUAUUAAAACAAAUUGUUGCCCCAGUGGAGACCACGCUAUGCAGGACCAUGACCUCCUCCAACUCCAGCCUCUUCUUGCUGUCACCCCUGUCUAUUAUGUCCAGUCCUCUGAAAUGGGAGCUUCAGAUCUGAUGGAGAAAGGAAUAUUUGCUGAGUGUGCGACUUGCAUUUUGUUUCCAUAGUAUUUACAUUAAUUUAAAUAAAACUAACUAGUGUCCAUACAGAGGCAAAGAAGCUGAACAAUGUGACAUAAUGGGUUCUUCAGCUUGUUCUUUCAUGGACUCAUCCACUCAGCACCAUUUGUAGAGUUUCUGAUUUUUACACCUUUAUUUUUCUUUACAGAAUUUUACUUUUUUUCCUUUACAUUUUAAUUGAAGAACAUUGGUUGUGUAUUUCAUUGAAGUGGUUGUUGAUAAGGUUCAUCAGCCGCUAUAUUCUGAGCUGUGAUUUUUAAAAAAGAGAAAACUGUUAGUGAAAUAAGGAAAAAAAAAAAGCAAACUUAUAUAGUCUGUAUCUGUGCUGAGACCAUGUGCAUGUAAAAAGCUUUGGUUCCUGCACUUACCAAACAUAAAAUAAAGCCGCACUCUUCUUAAGAAAUGUCUAUGAAGUUGUUGAAUAAAUUGUUGAAAUAUCAA